AUGAAACUCAUCAUACUCGCAACUCUACUAGGCCUUUGUAUGGCCUGGCCACCGCUUCCACCGCAUAAUCCCUCCGAGAAAAAAGCUAGUCCAGUAGAAAAAAGUCCGACCAAGAAAACUCCAACCGAUAAAGAACCUCCGGAAUCCUAUAAUGAGUGGCUGGGAAUACUACCUCACGAAUUCAUCUCCUUGGAGAAGAGGCGAUCGGAAGCUCUUCGAAAAUGGCAAACGACACAAAUGGGAAAGAAUCCGUUUCUGGAUCCGUACUAUGAAGAAUUGCUGGAGAAAAAGAAAAAGGAAGAACAGGAACAACUACAAAAACAAGAGGAGCUUCAAAAGAAAACAGAGGAUGAAGGAGCCGAGCAAAAGGGGAAAGCUGCACAGGAUGGACCCAAAGUACCUCAAACUCUAGAAGAGAAGGAAAAGGAGUUUAAAGAGAAAAGAGAAGAAGCUAGAACUAAGUUGGAGAAAAAGAUAAGUGAAGAAAAGAAGAAGCCCAUAGAGGAUAGGAAAGAAGACUAUGAGGCCAGUAAAGACGGCAGAUUUGACGAGUGGCUUGCCAAGUCCAAGGCUGUUGAAAUGGGUGCCAGAAAGUUGUACGAAGAAUCCAAGGCAAAGGUAGAUGCCAUAACUGUACCAGAGUCAAAAGAAAAGUUCGAAAAGAUACUCGAGAAGAUUCAGAAAAAGGUCGAGGAAAUCACCAAUGACAUUAAGGAACUUGAAAAGACUGAGGAAAAGGAGAGUUCUCAGGCCAUUGAAAAGGCACUUGGAUACUUUUUAGGCCACUUUCAAACCCGUGCAUUGAUAAAGUCUGACGUUAGUGAACUCAUCCUUGACAUUGCAAAGGAACAAGAGGAUGGUGACGAGGUCAUCAAGACCCUGGAGCAGUUUCUAGUAGCUCUUGAAAGGUCUCCACUGGCUUAG